GCUGAGGAAAUGCGCUAUAUAAAUUAAACUUCUCUGGAUGUGUUUGAAGCGCAGAGCGAGAACCUGCGCUAUAUAAAUUAAAGUUCUACGGGGUUUCGUGGGGAUGUUUGCAGCGCAGAGCAAGGAGCUGCGCUAUAUAAAUUAAACUUCUCUGGAGUUAGUGCAUCCGUUUGCAGCGCAGAGCGAGUACCUGCGCCAUAUAAAUUAAAGUUCUUCACGUCUGUGUGCCGUAGUUGCACACCGCGCUGAGUAUGGGGCAGCGCGUUACAAGUUAAACCCCUUUUACAAUUCCCGUACCUUUCCCUGAGUCGAGACGAGGCGACUUAAAAUAUACCUCUAAUUCCUAUUGCAUCCCACUUAUAUCCCCGUGUGAAGUUAAUUGAAGUGUAGUGCAGUGACAAGCAACAGCAGCGGACCAUCAACAUCAUCAUCAUCAUCAUCAUCGAGGACCAGUACCAGGUGGACAUCGGCGGCGGCGGCGGACCAGGACCAGUACAUCGCGGAAACAUGGGUAAGUACCUCCCUCUGGGAGUACAUAUUAUUAAGUAUACAAAUAGUCGAGCAAAUGUCUUGUGCAUUUGCUCGACCGUUUGUAUGCAAGGGACUCGACAUUCACUCUUGAGUGUCUGGAGUCUCGAACUAGUUAGGGAAAGCACUCAGUGCAGGUGGGCAUUCGGGACUUGGUUCUCGGGCUCGCUUGCUUCUGCAAGAACAGAUAAAUUUUGCAGUCAAUACUUGUUCUUGCAAAAGCAGGCGGGCUCGGUGAUCGAUCCCAACUUGACCAAUUUUCCGGUGUCACCAUCUCACGACACCCCACCUGUGCGAGGGAAGAGGGUGUUAGGCUAUCGCGAGGGCACAGCACACGCCCGACCUUCGACCCGACGUAGCCAGGUAGAUGUAAUUAGUUGUUUAAUUGUAAAAAAUCGGGGUUCGGCGGGGAAUGCAGCGUAAGGCUGGUCGGAGCCGGCUCCGCACGCGGUACUCUGCUCUGGUGUAGGGCCGUUAGAGUAACACCUCUUGAUUAAGAGGUGGGUCGAUCCCGAUAAUCACCAGACUACGAUGCCACCAGCAGCGUCCUUCGGGCGCCACAUUGCACUCGCUGCUAUUGUCUGCCGAAACGGUCUUGCAGUUAGGGCGCGAGCUAGGCCGGCCUCAUCGUAUAGCUCUCAAGGAGGCUGCGCUUGCAUAUUGCAUAGACAUGCUAUAGCGCUCUAUGCAAGCGCAUUUUCCAUGCGCCUAUUCACCAACGUCCACGAUCGUGAGAGCUGGGCAACGUUGCGCGUACGCGCGCAUGUAUAUAUAAAAUAUACAUCGUACAUGCAACGGCUGAUGGUGAGGGCCUUCUAUUUUUCUUCUCUCAGAACCAAAUGCUCUUUUACUUUUUCUAUGCUUCUAUUUUUAGUUUUUUCUUCAUCAUUUGCGAGAUAAUUAGCCUAAAAUUCCAUGUAACUAAUAAUUUCGUCUGGGACACUAAAACAAUUGCGCUGAUCGUUUUCCUUUCCGGUAUUCACUUUUUAUUUCCUUUAGCUAACUCUUAUUUCUUGCUAACAAUUGAUAGGGAUCAGAUGCUACACUUUUCGCUAUUAUUCGUCGAAGCAGAAGAAUCUUUCUGAUUUUUUUUUUUGGCUCACGGAAGUAAGAGUAUCUUCCGGACAGGAUACUUCUACUUCAUGUGUCUCACUAGCGUCCAAGUCGCGUGAGCCGGGCAACGUUGCUUCUGCAGCAGCGGCUAAUGGUGAGGCUUCGGUUCGCGUCGGUAUCGCGUCAUAAGAGGGUGGUGUGAGCUAUCCGCCGUGAGGGUUGGGAAUCGCAUAAUCCGGUUCGCGGUCGCUUUCGGUGUUAGGUCGGUAAUCUCGCGUCAUGCGGGAGGUGUGAGCUAUCAUCCGCCGUGGGGUUGGGAGCAGUCCUCGUGUACCAGGCAUGCACUCUUUCGCUCUCUCUCUCUCUCUCUCUCUCUCUCUCUCUCUCUCUCUCUCUCUCUCUCUCUCUCUCUCUCUCUCUCUCUCUCGUCUAUUAGCAGCUAGGGAGUACUAUCAUGGAAUAGCUGUGUAGGUGUGAGCUACCGUUGUUAUCCUCUAUCUCUGUUUGAUGCAUGCUUUUUCUUCAGAUUCAAUAGUAUUAUCAUGCAAACCAAAUUAUGAUUAUGCAAUAAUUUGACGGUUUGCAACAUGUUAAUAGCGUCAGGUGAAGAAUUCAUGAUUAAUUUCAUUAUUACAAAAAAAAGGUUGGACUUUUUGGAUAAAAAUGUCCAAACAUUUUUUGUAAUAAUGAAAUUAAGUAUGAAUUCUUCACUUGUCUGUAGCGCCCUCGAAACUAACACCUCCUACCGCCCUUUAAUCUGAAAAUCACCCAAAGAACUUUUUUUUUUUAUUUUGUAGUAAUUAACAUGAACAAAAUAAACAGCAGCAACCCCACUGCCAGCAGCAGCAGCAGUGGCAGCAGCAGCAGUGGCAGCAGCAGCAGUGGCAGCAGCAGAAGUGGCAGCAGCAGCAGUGGCAGCAACAGCAGUGGCAGCAGCAGUAGUGGCAGCAGCAGCAGCAGCAACAACAACAGCAGCAGCAGCAGCAGCAACAGUAGCAGUGGCAGCAGCAGAAGCCGCCAAGUUUCUGCGAAGAAGGCUAGGCUGAGCCCUUCAUUGCUGUACUCGCCGCUGCCCCGAACGCCAACAUCCUCGUUGGAGAGGCCAAUGACGCCACGAGCCGCGGUUACGCCACGGUCGUCGGUUCUCCAACCGGUUGUUGGCUCCAACGGCUGCUCCAGAGCUCGUCGUGGGGCGAGGCGAAACUUGGCCGCCGAGUAUGUCGGCGACCAAGAGAACGUAGACCCGACAGCUCCACCAGAAUUAUCACUAUUUGAUGAAUUGGAGGAAUUUUUGGUUCUUAGGAAUGCGAUCACAGCAGGAGGAGCACAGCAGGAGGAGCAGCAGCAACAACCGCAACACCUCGAACCACUACCACAACAGCAACAGCAAUCACCAGAACAGCAACAUCCACUACAACAUCAACAACCACCACCACAACACCAACAACCACCACAACAUAUUCAACCACCACAACACCAACAACCACUACCACAACAGCAACAGCAAUCACCACAACAUCAACAACCACCACCACAACACCAACAACCACCACAACAUAUUCAACCACCACAACACCAACAAUCACCACCACAACAGGAGCAGGCACAGCUGCAAGAUGACCAAGAAGAGCAGCUACCUCCCCCCUUACCUCCUCACCCGAUACCGGAAGCGGUAGCGAAUGGCUUCCGUGGACCGCAGAGGAGGUCUAGGGGAAAGUUUGCCCACAAUCGGGACUUCAUAAGGGAGUUAGAACCGAUGCCGGAUCUGGAAGGCUACCCGGUCGGCAACCUGAAAUUUUGUACUGCUACACAUGUGCGUAAAGCACUAUAUGUAGCAGCCAAUUUUUUCAGGUUGACGGGCGGGCGGUUUCCUCGUCAGACAGACCGUAUGCAAAAGUCAUACCAUGCGUGUCUACGCACCGUAGACAAGCAUGUUUGCGAGAUGGGGGCACAGAAGUUUUCCCUGUACGGUCUGUCUGUAGAGGAAGCCCAAGCCUUUUAUGAUGCGGCAUAUGGGAGCUACCUUAUGAGGAAAAAUGAUCCUACCCGAAGGGGUAGACGACGAUGAAGCUUUGUUGCACACAUGCACGCACACACAUACACAUGCACGCACAUACACAUGCACAUACAUACGUUCCACAUGCAUACACACAUACACACAUACACACAUAUACACGCAAAUACAUACGUUCCACAUGCGCAUACACACACAUGCACAC